AUGAAAUGUUUAUCUUUAGGUCGAAGUUUGACCCACAGGAUCGAAUAUAUUUCGGCAGCAAUGCAGAAUAUAAAGCCAUUUUUCAGGCAAUAUUGGCUGGUUGCUUUCUUCUGGCUUCUUCGUGGUGGCUUGUGUAACAGCGAAUGGCCCAGUCUCUCAGCAACGAGGGCUACUGCAUUACGAACACAACGGGAUAUCAGCAAGAACAUAAGUAUUAACGAGGACGUGGUGAUAGGAGCCAGAUUGAGCACGCUCUUAUGGGAUGUGGAUGGAUAUCAGAAUAGUACGCUGGAAAAUGUGCGAAAUUUGCUGAAUGUUGGUGUCCAGGCAUUGGUGCUAGAUGUCUACCUGGACGAGAGUACUUUGCAAUGGCAACUCUGUCCGGCCCCAUUGCCAACGAAUUCUGAUUUUAACGUCAGUUCUCUGAAAUACAAUGGAGCCACAUAUGUAUGUGAUCGCUAUCUCACGCUUGAGGGACUGCUUGAUGUGGUCAAGACAUUUUUAAUUGAGACAGAUACGAAUCUUUCAGCCAACCUACUGGACCUUGUGUUUGUGCUGAGAUCUAUCUGGCCCUCCUCGGACCCAGUUUCUUCUGCGUUGCUCGAGUCUACCAAUACCUCCCUCACGAAGGCGAUUUCAAGCGUAGGUUUGGGCAGGUUGUUUCUAUCGUCAGAUGUCUCGCCUGAUGCAAGAUCUAACUAUGAUUUUCCGACUCUGGACAACUUUCUGUUCUCAGAAAACAAACGGGUACUUCCAGUGAUAAUUAGUGAUUAUCUCUCUUCUAAUACCUCUUACGAAAUUUCUGAUGACGAAAGCGCUUUUUUUGUCAAAGGAAAAAACACGAAUGUUGCUUUCGAGCACUUUGGAGACCUUGAGUGUCAAGGUCGAGUCUCCGAGUCUGAAGUGGAAGACACUUUGAAUUACCAGUUCAGAUUCGCUUACGACGACGAAAGUUCGCCUUUUUCAACAGAUGACUUCAAAAGUACCCAGCUGUGUGGUUUUACUCCAAUUCUAGCAUCUCCGAUCCAACCACUUGAAGACAUCUCUUCAUUCCUGGACUAUUCCUUCUGGUCAUGGGCACCUGCAGAACCGCGAAACCUCACCUCCCUGCAGAAGUCAGUCAACUCUACACAAACAGAUGUGUCCAGCUCUAGCGACUUAUACAUUAGCAACUGCGCUGUUGCUACGAGUGAUGGAUGGAAAGCGACCAAUUGCUACGCGAAGCACUACGCUGCCUGCCGUAAUGACACCGACCCCUAUGAUUGGUAUAUCGAGACCAGUUCGAAAAUGACAUAUUUUGAGGCAACUGGUCUAUCUCAGGGGAAUCUCAAUGAUGUUGAUAACAUUUGCCAUGAUGGGGCCAAAUUCUCAUGUCCCCGUGAUGCUUUCCAACAAGCUGCCUUACUACAAGUUAUUGAAGCCAAAUUUGGUGAUGAGGAAGUACCCGUAUGGAUUGAUAUGAACUCUAUCUCUUCGAUGAAUUGCUGGGUUACUGGUGGUUCCAAUGCGGCAUGCACGUAUCAAAAGAUCGUGUCAAAGAGUGUCUUCAGUCAGAUGAUCACUCCCACAUGCGUAUGUGCAUUUGUCCUAUUGAUGGCUAUGAUCAUAUUACAUUUUGACAGAGUGCCUGUCCAGACAAACAGAAAGUAUUGGAAAAGGACUUUGGACAAAUACUCCAAGAACGAAUAUGAAGGUGUGCCGUCUUGA